CACAAAACGCUAACAUUAGCUUAUGCUAACUAGUUAGCUCGCCAGUUAGCAACGUAUCCCGAAUGCUGACGUUAGGAUGAUGUCUGGGCGACCAAAGGCCCUUUUCAACCAAAGUAGACGAUACACAAAAGCAAGCUAAUGGAUAGAUAUAUGCGGUUGGUAAAAAAAAAAAAACACUCACCGCUUCCACAGCGUGCUGAAGAAUUGACGUAAAUUUGGAGAACAUUUUGUUCUUCGACUGGACUAGUUUCUCUCGAGAAGACCUAGAGAAUUCCUCUAUCUUCUUCUUCCUGUUGUUACCGCCUCGAUCCAGAUUGGAGGUUUCAUAUAAUGACCCUUGUAACAAAAGAAUAAAGCUGCACCAGGGCAUAUCCUCCUGGUAAUCUCGGCAAAGAAAGAGAGGCUCUACCUACCGGGCAUGUCUGCUAGAGUGGCUCAUGCACAGGACACACACCACCACUCCACAGAGAAGCCCCUGAUUCAGUGCUACAAGUGCGGGGAGCCAUGUAAGGGCGAGGUGCUGCGGGUGCAGAACAAGCACUUCCAUCUCAAGUGCUUCACCUGUAAAGUAUGUGGCUGUGACCUCGCCCAGGGGGGCUUCUUCAUGAAGAAUGGAGAUUAUCUGUGCACGCUGGACUACCAACGCAUGCACGGCACACGCUGCAAUGGCUGUGGGGACUUUGUGGAGGGGGAAGUGGUCACAGCCCUGGGCAAGACCUACCACCCUGCCUGCUUCGUCUGCACCAUCUGCAAACGACCGUUCCCCGCCGGGGACAGGGUGACCUUUAAUGGGAAGGACUGCCUGUGUCAGUACUGUGUCGAGCCCAUGUCUCCGGGACCAAAGGACGUCCUGGGCUCCAGCAAUUGUGCAGGAUGUGGUCGAGACAUUAAGAACGGACAGGCUCUUCUAGCAUUGGACAAACAGUGGCAUCUGGGCUGCUUUAAGUGUAAAGCCUGCACCAAAGUGCUGACCGGGGAGUACAUCAGCAAGGACGGCGCCCCCUACUGUGAGAAGGACUACCAGAUCCAUUUUGGAGUUCAGUGUGAGGCGUGUCAUCAGUUCAUCACAGGGAAGGUGCUAGAGGCAGGAGAUAAGCACUACCACCCCAGCUGUGCGAGAUGCAGCAGGUGCAAUCAGAUGUUCACAGAAGGAGAAGAGAUGUAUCUGCAAGGAUCAACAGUGUGGCAUCCUGGCUGCAAGAACACCACCAGAACAGAGGAGAGACACAGGGAGCGGCCUACGAGGUCGUCAUCCGAGAGUAUUUGUUCCAGACCUGGUUCAAGCAUACCUGGCUCACCGGGUCACACGAUAUAUGCAAAAGUAGACAAUGAGAUCCUUGAUUACCGAGACCUAGCUGCCAUUCCAAAAGUCAAAGCCAUUUAUGACAUUGAGCGCCCUGAUCUUAUUACCUAUGAACCUUUGUACACCACCUCCCUGGAUGAGAGGGAGGAGAGAGGAGAGAAUGUGGGAGAGCUCCACACUGCCAGGAGGGAGCGUUCCCCCUUGCCCGAUGACAAGUUUUCAAGAAACAUGUCGCCAACCCCACCUGGUGAGGGCUCUUACGACAGGAGGGAACGCAUCCUCCAAAGGUCCACCAGUCAGGGCUCCAUAGGAUCGCCAGUUUAUAAUCGCCAUGGUUACACCCCCACCUUGUCACGGUCACCACAGCAUUUUCACAGGCCAGGGACUGACCCGCUGAGUGGCCGGAGUUCCCCCCUCCCGCUCAGGCCCGACAGCCGGCCGGUCACCCCGCCUCUCUCUCUGACCCCUAAACAUUUCCACCUCCCAGAUCAGGGGAGCAACAUCUACAGAAAACCACCCAUCUACAAACAACAUGAUACAGAUGCCAUAGCACGUCAAAGCAAGUCUGGUGAUGACAUCAUCAGAUCUGCCACCUUCCCCGCUGCCCAUGCUCCCUCUCCGGAUGACAGCUCACGGAGUGAGGGCGACCAUUGGCCCUGCUCUCUCGCUGUAUUAGAAGGGAGGAGACGAUCCAGAGAAGAGGACGAGGAAGAGGCCUUGAAAAGAAAGCAGCUCCACGAGGAACAUCUCAGCAAGAUUCAGUCUGGUUUGGGGAAGCUCAUACUGAAGGAGGAGAUGGAAAAAGAGGAGAUCAGGGAGCGUCACGCACGUAGCCUCUCUGCUCAGCGCUACGACCCCAAACAGACCAACUGUGACGCAGAUCCAACUUCUCCAACCAAAACUAACUCUCUGCCUGGCUAUGGAAGGAAUGGGCUGCACCGGCCCCAGUCAACAGAUUUCACCCAGUACAACAGCUAUGGUGACAUGUGUGGAGGAGGCAGAGAGUUCCAGCACAUUAAGGAUGGCCGUGCAGCACUUGCAAGGAUGGACAGGGGAGUAUCUAUGCCUAAUAUGUUGGAACCAAAAGUGUAUCCCUAUGAAAUGCUCAUGAUAACCAGUAGAGGGAGAGCUAAACUGCCCAGGGAUGUGGACAGAACCAGACUGGAGCGCCACUUAGCACCUGAAAAGUUCUUUGACAUCUUUGGAAUGGAGAUCCAGGAGUUUGACAGGCUUCCCCUGUGGAAACGCAACGACAUGAAAAAGAAGGCCAAGCUCUUCUAGCACUCAGAGCAGCAUGCACAUACUGUACAUUCAUUCAGAUAGCACACAACAACUGUAAUCUAGAUGUAGGUUUUGGUUUAUUUCCUAUUUCUUCUGUUUGUUUUUUUUUUUUUUUUUUUUUUUUUUUGUUUUAUCCUGGCAUAACCAAGGAAGCCAUGGAAUGGACUCUUUUUUUGCUCUGAUGCUUCCUGAGACUGUGGCCUGAAUGAUUUUGUCCAGUUGGACUUGCACAGGAAACAAAGAAUGCGAAUCUCUUCCAUGUUCAAAAAUGACAAAGAAUGAAAAUGAAUGGUAAAUAGGGUCAUGUUAUUUGGUUUGACUGCGCUCGUUUUACUUCUUGCUUUGCUUUUGAGUGGAACUGCUUUCCUUUCUUAUUUGCUUGUUUCUUCCUAUUUGUUGCUGUUUGAUUCCUGUGGAACUUUGUAAGUACAGUAGAACCUCAUGGCGCCAUUACGAAAUGUCCAUGCUCGUAGCUUGAACAUGUGUCAGCUUUCCUUCGCUUGGGCUGAAAGAGUUUUAGUCCAAAGUUCGCAAGAAUCGGCUCAGUGAGUCUUUGAAUAAUAAACAUUUAAAAAGAAAAGACACUGGAAAAGGCAGUCAUCUCACUCAUCAACUGUUUUAACGGAUCUACAUGGAAAUGAAUCCUCUGAGCACCUACACAUCGCCAGUCUCCUUUCCCUGGCUCCUGUAUACGCCAAACGUUCAUCUUGACCCUGACAAAAAAGAAAAUGUCUCUCUUCUCAGGCUCUCAUUAACAUGGCCAGACACUUUCCCUUUACAUGUAUUGGAAGUACAAAUCUUAAUAUAUUUUAGUGCCGUAUCCAACAUACAGUAACCAACAAAUAGAUAAAACACCUAAUGGGAGAAGCAACUGUAUUUGAAAGUACUGUUUUAUAAAAACCCACACUGCCAUUUGUUGUAUUGAAAUCGAAGCCAAUAAAGCUUUAAAUCACCAUGAA